AUAUCUUCAACAUUUCUGUUGAAAUAUUGAAUAAUAUCUCAGUCUUAUCGGAGGGAUUUAGGUUACAUUUAAACGGACCCCAUUUUAGAGGUCUUCGCAAUUCAAUCAAAUAUAACAACUCCAAGUUAUUAAAUCUAAAUGUAUAUCUAUCCACUUCAAUGAUUUUCUUUCUUCUGUUUGCAAUACUGAUCAAACCAACCAGCAAACAGUCCGUAAAGAAAAUGAUUAUUGUGUUUAGAAUUUAAAUUAACAAAGGCGAAACAAUAAUGCACCUCGUCGUGGCGAACUGCCAGUGGAUUAUUACGCGCAAGACCAGUCAACUUUUGUGUAUCCCCCUGAAAAUUUUAGUCAUGUAUCCAUAUGUAAUAGGAAUUUUAAACUAGCCACUCUCAUGAAAGGCAUUGUAAAACCUUGCAAAGCAUUAGCAGUGCUGAUUAGAGCAUAACAAGCCAGCGGUGCUUUUCGAACAACCAAACAUUGUGUUUUUGGCUCCACGGUGCACCAGACUUUUCGGAUAUUUCUUUAGGAAUCUUUAAACAUGUCUCUGACAUUAACUGUGACCGAAUGUUAUAGCUAUAUCAUAUCACUGAAGAAAUAUUUCAACAAAUUCAAGAUGGGAGUUUAACUUUUAUUGAAUCGUGGAAUAAGGAGUAACUGGUGAUUUUAGUUUUAAUUGUUUGUGUGUGUAGGUUUUUUUUAUUUUCUACAUCAAUUAAACAAAUAGAUUCCUGUAAAUUUCUGAGAAAGAAAAUCGUCCACCAUGGGUAACGGAUUGUGUGUGGAGACGGGCAGUUCCAUGACAGUCUUUGACUGGCUGGAUCAUGUUUUGGGUACAGUUCAAGCACAAGUGGGACUACGUACAAUUUACGACGAUGAUUUCAUUGACAGACUCAACCAUUACUAUACGGUUAUACUGUUGAUAAUAUUUACAGUCGUAGUGAGUACCAACCAGUAUGUGGGAGACCCCAUAGAAUGUUGGUGUCCAACAGAGUUCACGGAAAAUCGCGUGGACUACACAAACUUCGUCUGCUGGGUCAGUAAUACGUAUUAUAUUCCCAUGCAGAAUCAGAUUCCGGUGAAUGUUGACCACCGCCGACAGAAGGAACUGACGUACUAUCAGUGGGUCCCCAUCAUCCUUCUGAUCCUCGCUCUGCUGUUUAAGAUUCCCCGGAUGGUGUGGAAAGUCCUCUCGGCCUCCAGCGGUAUCAGCAUGGAUAAGCUCGGAAACCUGGCCAAGGAAACACAAUACGUGUCUCCGGAGGACAGGGAGAAAAAGUUAAACCAUAUCGUAAAGUACAUCGACCAAUGGCUUAGUGGUAUACAACCUUUUCGAGCAGGAAUGUGCGUUCGAAUGCGAGAACGCGCAAGUAAAAUUGCUUGCUGCUUCUGUGGCCGUCAUUAUGGAAAUUAUCUGGUCUCAUGCGUUCUACUGAUAAAAGUACUGUAUUUGGUAAACGCUAUCUCACAGUUGUAUAUGCUCAACGCUUUUCUUGGUACAGACUACAGUGUUUAUGGAAUCGAGGUUCUGACGUCACUGUACAACGGAGAAGACUGGACUUAUUCUCCAAGAUUUCCUCGCGUGACUUUAUGUGACUUUGAAAUCCGCCAAAUGACAAACUUACAACGAUGGACAGUUCAAUGCGUUCUGCCUAUCAACCUUUUCAAUGAGAAAAUCUUUAUCUUCCUUUGGUUUUGGCACGUCUUUCUAGCCUUCCUCAGUGCUUUUAGCUUAGUAGUAAGUGCUUAUGCGUUCAUGUUUCCGCAGCAUCGAAAAUCAUACAUCCGGAAGUACCUUCUUCUCAACAAACUGUACAAAACAGGCAAAGUCGGAACCGAAAGAAGUAAGAAAAUCGCUCGUCGAUUCGUGGAUAAUUAUUUACGCCAAGAUGGUUGUUACGUGCUACGUGUGUUCAGUAAUAAUGCUAAUGACGUCAUUACUUCUGAAAUCAUCAAAUACCUAUAUUUGAAUUACAUUAGAGAAAAAGAGCAUAAAGAAGUGGACAGCAAUGGCUUGUUAGAAGAAAACCAAAAGUAGAUUUCAGGUUGAAGAUUGAUUUAAUGUUGAGGGAGGUCCAAAUAUAGACAUGUUGAAUCUUGAAACAUGCGUGUUGCCAAAAACUUUUCUCAUUACCAAAGACGAAUACUUCAUAGAAAGCACUUCCACUUUAUCGAUCGCUCGUUGUCCAAGCUUGGCUCUUGGCGCUUGUGUCCGCACUGAGCAAAAGAAGUGCACAGGGAGAAAGCAAGCGAUGCAAAUCAACGUCUUUCAGCGUUUUGAUAACCAAUGAUACUGAAAAUUUAAUGAACAUCACUACCUAACACAGAGGUGUUUAAUAAGAAUGAUCUCUCCGACCCUAUAUAAUGUGUGUUUUGUGUUUCUCUUGUUUGUUGUUUGUAACUCGUUAAACAAUUUUCGUUUGCUUUGUGUUUUGUUUUUGUCAGGUCAUUCCAAAAUUAACGGCACCCCUAACAUUCUGUAUCUGUGAUAUACAUUUUGUAGAUAAAACUAGAGAGCAUAGAUCCAUUCUUCAAGCACUAUCUGUAAUGUUUUAAUCACACUACUUUUACAAAAUCACAUUAAUUCUGUCAGGUCAUGGUACACAAUUUUUAGAAUGCCUGAAUAUCAGUAUUUUGUUGUUUUUUUUCAUAGACAUAAGAAAUGUAUUUCUAUUUUUGACCGUAUUAAUUAAUUACUCACAGCCUCAUUGUAACAUUUUAAGGUGGGUGCACCCCACUUCUUAAUAUUCUGUAAGCUGUGUUCGGUCAUCCAGAAAGUCUUUUGUUCUUAUGACGGUGAUCCGUUCCUUGGCAGAGAUUAGAGAUUGGUCACAAAAUCUGGUUAACCAGGCACUGAUCACGAUAACUUUGGCACUCGGCUGUGUCUAAGGUGGCAUUAAUGUGUCCCUAAUGUGUUUUGUCUACCAUUUUUUAAUUUGUAUUUUAAGAUUUUGUUAAGAUAAUUGGUUAGAAGAUGAAUUACAUGAAUUACCAAAGUGAUAUGUGGUAGUAUUGUACAUUGUUUUAUUAACUAUUGACGGUUUUGAUCAGGAAAAUGUUAUUGAAAGAUCUUUUUCAGACCUUUGAUUAUAUUAUUUGGAACUGUUUUAUUGUUCUAUUAUAUAAUGUAUUUUUAUUUCAAUUCUAUGUAAAUGUUUUUGUGACUGUUUAAUUAAUAUCAACUUCACAUGCCAAAAUCUUUGAAAUGAUUUCUAGCUCAAGAAAAGCAAACCAAAAACUUUUUUUUAAAAUGCCUUAAAUAAUUUGAACAUACGGUUGUUGUAAUUUGGCAUAAAAAAUCUAAUUUUUGCAGCAUGUAAUACUUCCUUUGAUUAGCACAGAUUAUUACUUACGCAACCUAUCAUUUCCAUUGUUCUAAUAUAUCGUGUUUGUCUUUAACGAAUACAAGCAACAUGGCUGUGUUUUCAAUCUCAAACGAAAAAAUGUUGGUGAAGUUGUGCUAUUUUUAUACAAAAAGAGAGAAUAUUAAACUUUUUAAAAAUCAAAA